GGCCCGGCCUAGUUAUAUCGUGACAAAAUUAAAUCUUUACUACCAGGGUUGAAGACCAGGAAGACUGUAUGCGAGGAGGAAAAGAAAUGGAGUCCAACGGUUCUGCCGACGAUAGCAUCAUUUACAGGAGAAAGCAAGCAAUGGUUCACUCCCUUUGCAAACGCCUCUCAUUAGACCCUAUGAGCUACUCAAAUGAAAACAUUGAGAGAAGUGACAUCAAGGACUUGUUCUUUAGCAUUUUGGAGUCUUCUGGAAAUUCUGUCUCCUUGAGAAACAAUGAUGAGGUGAUGAAGUGGGUAGCAUUUGCAAGCAAUUUUCCUAGUGGUUUGGAAGCUUGUCAUGGAAGUCUUAAAGCAUUAAAUGAAGAUUUGGUGCAAAGGUCUGUUCUGUUGGGCAAUGGAUUGAAGCCUUCUGAAGUGGAUAUUCUUGUAUUUUCAGUGAUUCACUCUUAUGUGAAAGGUCUUUCAAUUCCGGACAGACAGAUGUUGCCAAAUGUGAUGAGAUGGAUGGACUACAUUCAGAGCAAGGAAGAUCUUGUGGACAUGUUUGAACUGGUUCCAGUGGAAAAGGCUGUUUUUGAUCCUCCAUGUCCUAAAAGUAUAGCUAGGUUAGAAGCUGAACCAAAUAUAAAAAAGGUUGAACAAAGUACAAAGAGUGAUGAUAAGUUGGAAGCCAACGUGAAAUCAAAGAAGAAUGGUACUGAGAAAAAGGCUGCAGAUGAUAAUAAAGCUACUGAGGGGAAGAGCAAAUUACCAGAAAAAGAAGCAGUUGACAAGGACACAGAGGCUUCUGUCAGUUUACUCAAUAUACAGAUUGGCCUUAUACGCAAGGCAUGGAAGCAUCCAUCUGCAGACAGUUUGCUGGUUGAGGAGAUAGACUUGGGAGAUAGCAAUGUGCGGCAAGUGGUCAGUGGCCUGGCAAAGUUUUGCAGUCUAGAUGAAUUAAUAAACCGACGUGUUGUGCUGAUUACCAAUGUUAAACCUGGAAAGUUGAGGGAUGUGAUGUCUGCUGGGCUGUUUUGUAUGCCUCAGGUACUAUGUGCUUCUAAUCAAGAUCAUACAGUUGUGGAACCUUUGAUUCCUCCAGAAGGGGCCAAAAUUGGGGAACGUGUUCUAUUUUCAGGGCACGAUGGUAAGCCAGAGGAUGUUAUAAAUCCCAAGAAGAAGCAGUUGGAGAAGAUCACACCGCAUCUUUACACCGAUGACAAAGGAGUGGCCACAUUCAAGGGAAUACCCUUCAUGACAUCUGCUGGGCCAUGCACAUCUUCCAUCCGUAAUGCAAGUAUUAAAUGAGCCUGUUAAAGCAUUGGAGUAUGCUCUCGUAGUUACUAGUUAUCAAGACUGCCUUGUCCCAGUAAUCGUUACAUUUUGUUCUGUUCAUCGUUUCAUAUCGCCUACGGCCUAUCCAAGAAUCUAUUGGCUAUAUGCCUCAAUUUUUCCUUGGGUAAUUAAUACGUUGGAAACCUGUAUUCUGAGUCCGAGUUGUAAUUCAUCUUUACUCGAUGCAUGAACAUGUUGCAGUUUUGGAGUUAUUGACAUGAUGGCCAAUCAAAAUUAUAAAGAA